AACCCGACCGUCUGCAGCGUGCCAAAAUGGCGGACGUAGAAGAAGAAGAACAGUGGCUAUACGGAGAUGAGGAGGCAGAAGAGACUAAGGCAGAGGAACCUCCACCUUUGGAGUCUGCACCAGAAGAAAAGGAAGCAGUGAAUGGAGAGGAGCCUGCGCCUGCCGUUACCAGUAACCUGUCUGCUGAUGCUCCUGAGUUUGUCACCAAGAAGGCAGCUGAAGGUGGGGAGGACAAGGAGGCUGGGGAGUUGAGUGGAGAAGAGAACCAGGAGGAGGAUGGUGAUGAUGAUGACAGUGACAGUGACGAUGACGUUCAGGUCACCAUCGGGGACAUCAAGAGUGCCCCGCCCUCAUAUCCUGGCUAUGGAAGACUUAUCAAGCAUACUCCCGGCAGUGCAGGGAAGACAGUGAAGGGCAUUGACCUCGCUGCCCCGGGGGCCAUCAACGGUGUGCCUGUCAUCGACUUUGACCUGGACACACUCGAGGACAAACCGUGGAGGAAGCCUGGUGCUGAUAUCACUGACUACUUUAACUACGGUUUUAACGAGGACUCUUGGAAGAUCUAUUGUGACAAGCAGAAGAGAUUACGUAUGGACACCAACCUGCAGAAACCCAUCUAUGUGCAUCAUGCUGGAAGUACCAACACCAGACAGGAGAAGGAAGAACCAAGUGAGUAUGAGACUGAACUGCCACGCGCCGGUUGGAAACCCAAAGAAGAGUAG